AUGGAAAAUCCAAUGUUUGAAUAUACAAAAGUUAUUAAACCUUUAAAGAUUAAUUCUAAAUGUCCUCCUAAGCCGAAUGAAGAUGCACCACGUAUUCGUUACAAAACCUACCGGAAUGAUAAUUUCACAAUUGCCAAUCAUCUUGAAACAUAUCAAGUUCACACAUUCCACUUAGAUGGUGUUAAUCAUUUUUUCUCCCAUUCGGUCGAACUUGACAAGUCUGAAACUUCAUCACUCGACAAAAUUAGUAUAUUACGUAGUAUUUGUAUGACACUUUGUUUACGUUACCGUGAACAACGUGUAGCAGUUAAAAUACGUCAUGAACUUGCUCAAAAUCUAAUCGUUCAAACAUACAAUAAAAAACCCGAAUUCAUUCAGAAAUUAUUUUCGAAAACAAUCGAAGGUGAAGCAUUACGAACAUCAGUACGUGCAAUGCAUCGGUCAUUAUACAGUCCAGGAUUAUUUCGACGAAAGCGUCGUGCAUGUUAUAUGACUACGGGUCAAGAAUUUAUUAAUGUUAUGGAAAAAGAUGGAGGUAUGAUACCGGAUGAUGAACAAUGUAAAAAAAAUCAAGAAUUACAAGAUAAAGAGAUAAGAAAACGAAAAGAAAUGGCAUUUCAUUCUAGUCCAGAAUUUACAUAUACUUUAUUGCCCGAUGGAGUUCUUCAUAUUUCACGAGCAGAUACUGCACUACGUAAUAUGGCAUCGAAACAUGUUUUACAAGCAUCAUGUGAACCAGAAGUCAUCUACGCAGGAACAUGUCGAUUCGAAAGAAGAGGAGACGUCAUUUUUCUUGUUAUGGAUAAUGAUUCAGGAACAUAUACACCAAAAAAUAAUCAAGAUGAAUUAGCACGAUUAAAAAAUUUACUUGAAUGGAAUUUUCGUGGAUUAAAAGUAGAUGCAAAGACAUAUGUACCACCUGGAAUGGAUGACAAUGAUGAAGAAGAAAAUACCUGA